GGAAGUGAUUUAAUCGAAGGUCACAGCUGCUUAUUUCACACCUGUCGAUGCGCAAAGUAGAGGUAUUCAGAUUUCCCACAGCACGUAAAGGCAGCACCAGUCAUUUCGGAGUGGGAGGGGACGCACGCAGUAAAAACUCCAGCUCACGCGCUCUGAUACUCACAACACAGGAGAUCCGCGUGCAGGUGAGAUACAGAAGAGACAUACUGACUUUGUGCACGCACAGCGGUAUCCCACGCGCGUCAACUCAGCAUCCAUUUACCUACACUUGACUUCGUCUGCGUGUGCGCGAUUUGGAGCUGCUAUUUGGAUGACGCUACAAUCUUUCUAUCGGACAACGAACAUGCCGUCUCUGCGACACUCUUACACCGUGACGGUGCCGGAGGACCCGGCCGCUCUCCCCUGUGACAGACCGGAGAUGAGGCGCAGGAGCCACCCGCUGUCCCGGUCCGUGCUGGUGUCCACAUUCAUGGGUCUGAUCAUCAACCAGGCCAAGAACAAGAGCCUUCAGGGCCUGGUGGGUUUGAAGAACCUGGGUAACACUUGCUUCAUGAACUCCAUCCUCCAGUGUCUGAGUAACACUUUAGAGCUGAGAGAUUACUGUCUGAGAAACGGCCACAUCACAGACCUCAACAACAACUGCAGGUCAAACACUGCUCUCAUCGAAGAGUUUGCAAAGCUGACUCAGAGCCUGUGGACCUCUGCAAACAAUGAGCCCAUCAGUCCCUCUGAAUUCAGGAACCAGGUCCAGAGGUGUGCUCCAAAAUUCGUUGGCUGCAACCAACAGGAUGCUCAGGAAUUUCUCCGCUUCUUGUUGGACGGUCUCCAUAAUGAAGUCAACCGUGUGACGGUCCGCCCUAAAGUGUCCGUCCUGGACUUCGACCACCUCGCGGAUGACGAAAAAGGCAGAAGGAUGUGGAACAUGUACUUGGCGAGAGAGGACAGCAAAGUAGUGGAUCUGUUUGUGGGGCAGCUGAAAAGCUCUCUGACUUGCACAGCUUGUGGUUUCCGCUCCACUGUGUUUGAUCCAUUUUGGGACCUCUCGAUACCUAUUGCACAGAAGAGUUCAGGCGAAGUGACUCUCAAAGACUGCUUGAGACUCUUUACAAAGGAAGAUGUGUUGGAUGGAGAGGAGAGACCGACGUGCACCAAAUGCAAAGCCAGAAGAAAAUGCACCAAGAGGUUCAGCAUCCAGAAGUUCCCUCAGGUCCUCGUACUUCGUAUCCUUUCCUCACAUCUUUGCAUUUUAAUAUUUCCAGAAAGCAGAGAGAUUUCAAUGAUGACAAUCAAUCUAUUUUAGCUUUGCCGCUGUGUUGACUGACAGCUGUGUUGUCUCUUCUCUGCAGAGCGCCCUGUGUAUAACCUCUAUGCAGUGUCCAACCACAGCGGAAACGCUUUGGGAGGCCACUACACAGCCUACUGCAAAAACCCAGCUCUGGGAGAGUGGUACAGCUACAAUGACUCCAGGGUGAGCCCGAUGUCCUCCAGCCAGGUUCGCAGCAGCAAUGCCUACGUCCUCUUCUACGAGCUGGCCACCCCUUCACACAGCAAAUAUCAGACGUGUCGGCUUUAGGUGCCAUCGAGGAGCGAUAAGCUGUGCUAAACUUGGACUGAUAACAGGGAAGGAAAAAAGGAAAAAGUAGUCAGACGCUGCCUGCUGGGAGAUUGCUCCACCUAGUGGAGAGAGUCCUACCAAUGCAAGCUGUGAAAAAGGAGCGUCGAGACGCCAAACGGUGGAUGAGAAGGCAUAUUUACACUGAAGGAUUGAAAGCUUCGCUCACUGGCUGGGUUGAAGUGAAACAACAGUGGGAGGAAAUGUAAAAAGUGCGAAACUUGCAAUACGCUGCUUGCAAUAUGCAAGCAUGU